UGUUUUGCCAGAUUGGACCGGAUGCGUGGAACGAAUCAUUGUGGAGCUGUCGGAUUGAUCUCCAGGUCGGAGUGAGAAAACAGCACUUUGAUCGAAUAUGCGCGCAUAUGCAAGGUCAGUGGCAAUGCAGCGCGGGGUCAAUAAGAUAGAAGAUAAGGUGGCUCUUGUGAGCUCUUUUUUUGUGUUCCUGUUUUGAAACUUUUCUCGAGUUAAAUUCGUUGAUUGAGAUUCUUCACUAUGCGGUUCCACUUAGACAAAGCUUUUCUUUUGACUGCAGCGCUGUUUUCGUUCUCAGCUCAAGUGUCUGGAAGUCCUGCACCACAUUUGAAAGGGAAAGGAUCAAUUGAAAUCCGAGAUGGAGUUACUCACACAAUUUUUGAGCAUGAAGCUACAGGUGCAUCCUUGGACUUCGUUAAGAACUCUGGAUUCUGUGAAACGACUCCUGGUGUGAAUCAGUACUCUGGUUAUUUUUCCGUUGGACAAAACAUGAGCAUGUGGUUCUGGUUCUUCGAAUCUCGCCACCAUCCCCACUCCGCUCCUCUCGCCAUUUGGCUGAACGGUGGUCCAGGUUGCUCCUCCAUGAUCGGCCUCUUCCAAGAAAAUGGUCCCUGCCAAUUCUACAACGGAUCCAGCACCCCAUCCCUAAAUCCCUACAGCUGGAACGAAUACGCUAACAUGCUCUACGUCGACGAACCAAUUGGUACCGGGUUCUCGUACGGAACCGAUAUCGUGAACGGGACGGUCUCUGCGGCUCCUUUUGUGUGGACGUUACUUCAGGCUUUCUUUGCCCAGUUUCCAGAGUACGAAUGUAGAGACUUUGGCCUAUUCACAGAGUCUUACGGCGGGCAUUAUGGCCCUGAAUUCGCAUACUACAUCCAACAACAAAACGACCUAAUCGACUCGGGAGACCUCGACGCCGAAGAAAUCAACCUCGUAGCCCUCGGUAUCAACAACGGAUGGUACGACGCCAUAAUCCAAGAACGAGAAUACAUUUCCUUCUCGAUAAACAACACCUACUACCCACUAAUAAACACCACCAUCGCCGACGCCUACAUGGCGAGCUACUACAACAGCUGCUUGCCGGCUCUCAUCCCCUGUAACUCCACCACGGGCGAACUCACCGAAUGCCACGCUGCCCACGUAGCGUGUAACGCCAUGGACAACUACUACGGACAAUUCUACAACCAAACCACCGACCCCUACGACAUCCGCCAAUCAGGCGAUAACGUCUUCCCCCCCGAAACCUAUCUCAAUUACCUCUACGACCCGGAGAUCCAGAAGCGGAUCGGAGCGAAGAGUAAUUACAGCGAGUGUUCCGACGCGGCCGAUGCGCCUUUCGAGGAUUUUGCCGAUUCACAACGAUCAUUCCUCCCCGCCCUCUCCUCGGUCGUGCAAUCAGGGAUCCAAGUCUUGAUCUGGGCCGGGGACGCGGAUUCAGUUUGCGACUGGUUCGGCGGCUUCGCCUCCGUAAACGCCAUCGAUUUCGACGGCCAAGACGAGUUCGUCGAUACCGACGUGCAGAACUACACCGUUGACGGCGUUGCUAGUGGGACGUAUAAAACGGUAGAUAAUCUGAGCUGGAUCCGAGUUUUUGCGUCGGGACAUGAGAUCCCUGCGUUUCAGCCUAAGCUUGCGUUGCAGGCUUUUAUACAGACGAUGAAAGGAGAGAGUGUUACUCCUACUUGAGGGUGGCAUCUUAGAAGAGUAAGAGGCAUAUGAGGAGAAGAACGCAUAAUGUCUAGACAGAUCAUUAAUGCGAUGUCAUGAUGAGAUGCUAUGCAGGUCACAGCGAUGCAUGUUCAUGAUGAAAAUUAUGAAUUACUCGUGGUAUAGUGAUGAACUCCUCUCCUGUUUUGCUUUCUUCCACAACACAGAAGCAUUAACCAAAAAAGCCUCCUUUCCCCGAAGAAAAGACACAAGCAUCGACUAUAUAUACAACAAACCAACUUCCGCACAUCACAUGCUUACAAGAAGAGAGCAGCAAGACCACCAGCAACGGCAGCAAAGCUCAUUCCAACAGUGGCAGCAGCAGCCUUGGAGAUGGUGGCAGGCAUCGAACUAGUGGAUGUGCUCGUACCACUGGUCGUGCUGGCAUUUC